AUGGCAGCAAACUCUGCAUCGGGUAGUUUAACAUCAUUGGAAGCAUCACCAGUGGGUUUUUCCGGUUAUCGACCAACAAAUAGUACAAUACAUUCAGUAACCGGAACCGGUUCAAGUAAUAGUGGUAUGGGAACGGUAGUAGCAACACAUGGAAGUGCUGCAACAGCAUCAUCAGCAUUUAGUGCAUCACCUUAUCUUACCGGUCAUUUUGGUAAUAGUUAUCAACCGGCACCAGAUUUUUCAAGUUAUGUUACAAAUGCACCAUCAGCUGCUGGUUGGUACGGUACUCAUGAUCCACGACUUGUACCACGAUUAGGUUCCAGUUUUGGCCUUAAUUGUGGCAUUAAUCCAGCUCAUGCAGCAAUGCAAGGAUUACAAUUACCACUUUCUGGUCACGUUGGUUCCAGACGUAAACGACGUGUACUUUUUUCACAAAAUCAAGUUUAUGAAUUAGAACGACGCUUUCGUGCAUCCAAAUAUUUAACAGCACCGGAACGUGAAGCAUUAGCAAAUUCAAUUGGACUCUCAGCAACACAGGUGAAAAUUUGGUUUCAAAAUCAUCGUUACAAAUGUAAGCGUCAAGAAAAGGAGCGCAAAAUGACCGAUGGUAAUAGAGGACGAGAUGAAAGUCAAUCACCUGGACCAUCUAGGACACCAACACCGUUAGAUAGUAGUAGCAUUGAUAAAAAAAUGAAUGUUUCAAUACUGGUUAAAGAUGGAAAACGUUGUGAUAAUGCACAUGCUGUUACCGGUGUUGCACCGGAUUCAAAUCAGGAACAUUUGUUAAAUUUAAGUGCAUUACCUGAUGGUAUACCGGAUUUAAAAAAUCAAUUUUAUCAACAAGCAAUGUGUCAAUCGAGCAAUAUGUAUCAGCAAGGAGCAUUUCCAUUUCCGCCAUUUGGUGCGCAACCGUAUCCAACUGCUCAAAAUCCAUACUAUCCAUAUUAUGCAAAAUAA